AUGAACGCUGUCGACUCUGCAGAGCCUUUCUGGGGCCCUCCGACUUCGAAGGCUAACUUCUGCGAGACGGACUACGCGGUGAGCAGAUACAUCGCCGAGUUUAUCAACAGUUUGACAAAUGUCGUCUACAGUAAGCAACGGCAGCGAGGUAUACCGGAACGACUGCGACAGAAAGCGAACAAACAUGGUGAUUCUUUGCGUGUCCUUCCUUAUUGGGGCUUAAUGGCGGUCGGUCUGUGCUCGUUGGCAUUCCAUGUCAGCCUCAAGUACCACACCCAAAUGAUGGACGACCUCUCGAUGCAUUUUGCCACGACCCCUGUCCUACAUCGUAUUUUGACAGCCAAUUCUAAUCGCCGCGACUCAGUCGUCAUGGCUAUCGUACUGGGGUCUAUGUUGCUGUUUCUGGUAACAUACCAUGUAAGAACCGAUGAGCUGAUCCUCCACUCCGUGUCCUUUGUCGGCACGGUGACGGUCAUUGGGAUUCACACUAUGCGGCUCGUCAACAACCGGACGCUGCCGGGCUCAGCUUCCCGAAGACAAAUCUGGGGAAUGGUUCGGUUUGGAGCUGCAAUUUUCAACCUAGGGUAUUGGCUCUGGCUGAUUGAUCGGUGGGCCUGCGGCUUCUUGAGAGACGCGCGAGAGGCAAUAGGUCUUCCUUGGGCUUUUGUAUUGGAGCUUCACGGGUGGUGGCAUAUCUGUACUGGAAUAGGCGCCUAUGUCUUCAUCGCUGUUGUAGAUCACCUGGUCUCGGGCGAGGAUCUAAGGGAUAUCCAGCAGUCAUUUGCCUGGCCUGCUCCGUGGGCGUCGAGGUCAAUCUUCGCAGGACGAGGUCCGUCCGUGGAUGGGGGGGGUAAGGGAGAAGCAAAAGUGAAAUCACGACUAGGUUUCUAA